AAGGGGGUCACUGAUCCUACACCUGCCAUUUGGCAACCUCUCAUUGCUCUCUAUCCAAAAUAAGCCGUGCCGUCUCUUACGAGCUAUCAAAAGAUAAAAUCAUCGUCAUCUUCGUCAUCUCUCUCUACGAGUUGAACUUUCAAAUAAGCUACCCAUGGCAUUGGCUCUUGGUCCCUCACCACUCUGCAACCCCAAACUGAGGAUUAGGUCUCCUAAACACCUUCCAAGAGUAAAUAAGACUUUUGCGAAGCUAACAACUCGCAUUGGAGCAAGCAAAGGAGUUUCAAGUGUUUGUGAGCCUCUCCCUCCAGAUAGGCCUCUUUGGUUUCCUGGCAGCUCACCUCCUGAGUGGCUUGAUGGAAGCCUCCCUGGAGAUUUUGGCUUUGAUCCCCUCGGGUUAGGAUCUGACCCAGAGCUCCUCAAAUGGUUUGCGCAAGCCGAACUGAUGCACAGCCGAUGGGCAAUGCUAGCGGUUACCGGCAUUCUCAUCCCCGAAUGCCUUGAAAGGCUUGAAUUCAUUGAUGACUUCUCUUGGUAUGAUGCUGGGUCCCGGCAAUACUUCACGGACCCCACAACUCUAUUUGUGACCCAAAUGGCUCUCAUGGGCUGGGUUGAGGGGAGGCGAUGGGCUGACAUGAUCAAGCCCGGCUCUGUCGAUAUUGAGCCUAAGUUUCCCAACCGAAAAAAUCCGAAGCCCGAUGUAGGCUAUCCCGGCGGGCUCUGGUUCGACCCGGUUAAUUGGGGCCGGGGCUCGCCCGAACCCGUCAUGGUUCUCAGGACAAAGGAGAUCAAGAAUGGGAGGUUGGCUAUGCUUGCAUUUGUGGGCUUUGUGUUUCAGGCUAUUUAUACUGGAGAAGGCCCAAUUGAGAAUUUGAUGGCCCAUUUAGCUGAUCCCGGACAUUGCAAUGUUUUCUCGGCAUUUUCAUCUCACUGAAAUAUUCGAAAUAAUUGAGGAGCUUAAUAGGUGGAAAAUCAAUGUCGCAUUGCGUACGUUGACGGGUGAAGGAAGCUGAAGAGAAAUUGAAAUCUAGUUCUUUAUCAGAUUAUGGUACUGCAAAUAUUGUUGUUACCAAUUUAUUUUCUCUUCCCCAAACUGUGACAUGCUUGUAUUUUCAUAAGCUAAGUAUGUAUCCUAGUGCAUC